AUGCGAAAAAGUCCUGGAAAAAUUCCACGAAGCUCGCAGUCAUCUGAUCUGUCACGAGACCGCCGAACGCCAGCCACUCACAGUCCUCGACUGCGCUCCGUUCCAGACUCGCUGCCACCCAGCUGCUUCCUCAUCCUUCCGGUUCUGUUUUCCAAGACUUCAACGAAGGAUCAGCUCCAUCGCUCUCAAACCAGCCCGAUUCACUUCGAGGUCCCUCCACCCUCCCGAACCGUAUCGCAUCGCCAAAAAAAAAAAACCUACGGACACUGCACCUUCCGUUUACUGGGCGCGUCGCAAAUCGGCCGGAUUAACCAAUCCACCACCACCACCUCAUCAGGUCGCCGCAUUCAAGCAUCAUCGAUCUGCACAGCCGCAUAA